AUUAGAAAUAAUAAAGAAAUAAUUUUGAAUUUUUUUUAGUAAACAGUCAUGAUGCACAAAUAUCUAGAUAUGAACGCGCUCUAUCUAAAAGUGCCGAGCUUCAACCAUGUGCGAGUUAAGAUUUAUUAGUGAAUGAUUUGUUUAAUCUCGAAAAACUAAUUUUGAUAUUUGUAAAAGUUUUGUAAAAGUAUUUACAAAUAAUUAUUAUUCAUUUUCGCGACUGUAUUUAACACUGAACGAUUUUUACGACGCGUAUCAAUUUUAAAAUGACAGGCGGCAUAAUAAAUAGGUUAUGUUUGGCUUUUCAAAGAUUUGAACAAACAAUUUUUCAAACAAUUUUUGGCCGUGGAUUUCCUCCAGGAUUAUGUGCAAUUGACUACAAUAACAGUUUCCUAAAUGAUGCAAAACUGGCUAACCGUCCUAAUAAUCGCUCUCUAGAAGAAAUUCUCAAGGAUGGUAUUCUAUGGGCUGUUCCAAAAAAACGACGUACUAUAGAAAAGAGACUUAACAGGAGAUUUGGAGGUGAAAAAUAUGGCUGGAAGCCACCUGUUCCGAGAACUGAUAUAUUAAUGUGUCCAAAUUGUGGUCACAAUUACGAAGCCGGUCGUUUAUGUGGACACUGCUAUGAAAAAGUAAAACUUGAAACUAGCGAAAUAAGAGAUGCCAUAAAAAAAGAAUUGGGUUUAAGUCCAGUAGAGAAAAAUGUAAUUGUAUUAUAUGAUGGAGAAAAAGAUGAUAAAACACAUGAAUUUUGGAAGAAUCAAAGAGUAGUCGAAAUACCAAAGAAAAGACCUUCGUGGUUUCAUCGAAAUUUACUUGAGCCUACAACGCAGGAGCCAUCAGACGAGAAGGAUGUUAAACCUACACAUCUUGCAUAAGGUUCUGCAAGGUCCUUUUUAAUCUAGUUUGCUGUCCAAGUAAGGCAUCUUUAGUUUGGGACAAUCGAAUUUCAAGCUGUUUCAGUUCUGAAUCUGUAUCAGAAUCUUCUGGAUACGUAAAACCAAUUUUUUGUAAAUUUAAUUCCGAAUUAUUCUGUAACUCCACCAUCUGCAUAAAACGACAAAUAUUGCAUAAAAUAUAUUAAUUGAUCACAGUA